AUGCAAUUUUUCGGAAAUUGGGUGUUCCUUUCAAACGCAAGGGUCGGGGUGUUACCCCAGGCUCUUUGCGGGGUUCUGGCGCCACCGCUUUGUACCUCGAAACUGAAAACCUGCCGCUCAUUGCGUGGCGCGGCCGGUGGUCCAGCGUCAGAGCGCCAACGGCCUUUGAGCGCCGUGGAGCCCCGUGCCAAUGAGCGCGUCUCAAGAGUCAGCAGCAAGGAGAGCCUUGCCGCUCCGAACAGCAGGCUGACGAUCUACACCGACCAUGGAAGCAGCGACAGCGAGAAUGAGGCUCCCAACGUCUCCAGCUUUGUUCAGUACGCUCCCGGGUCAUCCAGCCGUUCUCGGUUGCCAAGCGCAAAGAAGCCAAGAGAGGAGCCAGCCCGCGAUGACCAGAGCGCAGAAACACCAACUGAAGCUGGGGACACUGAGAGUGAGAAGCCCACACUAGAGGAGGAGCUGGCAGCGAUGGCUGCCUGGGAGCGGAGCCUGUCCCGGGGCACCUGUGUGCGCCGCCGCCAGGUUUGCCUCUGCGUGUUGCGGCUGCACGGCUUGGAUUCCUUCGUGGAGCUCGCAGCAGAGCUCGCACUGGGCGGCAAGACCCAGUGCACCAGCACUGCCAGCGUGGCUAGGUGGCCUCGGAUGCCUUUGGGCUUUGAGAUCGACCUAGACUUGCCAACAGAUCGUUUGCAGGUGCAGCUUUGGACAGGAGAACAUCCGCGACGCCGCGUGGCUUCAGGGAGUAUGGAUCUACAGAUGGGCUCAGAGAAGCAGAAGGUGCAGAUGCCCUUGACAGUGGAUAGCGGAGGCUUCGCGCACUUGGAGCUUGAGGUGGGCGGGGAGCAGCAGCCACACAUCGCCAUCAUUGGUGAUGGGGACGCCAUUUGCUCUCGGAGCCAGUCGCUCUUCCGGCGCAUCAAGCGGCCGAGGAAGGAGAAAGACGAGGAGGCUGCAGCUGAAGACAUUGACCAGGCAUACCAGGCUCAGAGGCCGUACGACGUGGAUUCGCGUUGCUGGAGCUACCUGGAGCACCGCUUCGAGGCGUUGAAGCUGAAGCGCAGCCAGCAGCGCAGCCGCGUGGCCGCCGCUCGAAAGCUCCGGGCUCCUCCAGCUGUCGAUGAGAAGCCCCGCAUGCAGCGGGUGCACUCGGAGCAGGCCAUUCGUUUGCAACGGUACCUUCGCCCUAUGGUGAGGGGAGAUCUUGCUGCCAGAACCCCCGAGCACAGCGUCUUCCAGGCAGAGGAGCUGAGCGGCUUCAUCUCGGAGCUGUGUCCAUCGCUGCCUGAAGGCGACGCCACGGCGCUGCAGGCGCUGCUGCUGGGCCAGGCGGACGGCCAGGCGCAGUUCCAGGCCUUGCUGGACUUUGCAGAGCAGGGCCUGUCAGUGGUGCCGCCUCCUAGGAUAAUCUAUCCAGAUGAGCUCCGAGCCCGGAAGAUUCUUCAAGAGAACUUCCCAACCUUCCUGCACCGAGAAGAGCAGCAAAGAGAGAUGCAGAUGUCGGCUGUCAUGUGA